UCCCCGCGUCGGCCACGCCCCCCAUGGCGGCCUGAUGUCGCUAGAGGGUGGUUAAGAGUGGGGGCGUGGCCUCCGCUUCUCCCUCACCCCGCUGAUUGGUGGCGACGCGGCCUCCCAGUUUACGCGCCCCGCCUCCUUCCCCUCUGAUUGGCGGAGGCGCGGCGUCGCGGCGCCGCCAUGUGGGAGAGAGGGGAGCAAGCGCCGCUAAGCCGAGCGGAAGCUUUGGCCUUGGGGCGGAAUGGUACCGGGAACCGGGCAGCGGGAGCGGGCUGGCGGCACGCCUGCCACGUCAUGCUGUACGCCCCUCUACCCACCGGCUCCCCACCGCCUGGCUACGCCGUACUGAUGCAACUGCGGUUCGACGGGCGGUUCGGGUUCCCGGGGGGGCUGGUGGAACCCGACGGGGAAUCGCUGGAAGCCGGCUUACACCGAGAACUACGGGAAGAACUAGGCCCGGCGACGGCCGGUUUACGCUUACGACCCCAGCACCAUCGGGGCGCGAGGGUUUGGCCGGCGGGUGGUACCGGAAGCGGAAGUGACGCCGGGCUCGUGACGCAUUUCUACAUCCGGCGCUUACCCUGGGAGGAGCUGGUGGCCAUCGAGAGGGGCGGCCCGCGGGCACCGGAGCACGGCCUGGAGGUGCAGGGGCUGGUGCGGGUCCCCCUGGGCGGCGGGCUCCCCGCUUUCCUACGGCAUCGCUUCGCUGGGGACGCCCGGGAGCAGCUGCUGGGGGCCCUCCUCGCUCUCGGUAUCCGACCCUCCCCCCUCAACGAGGAACCAGCGGGGGACCCCCAAAUCCAGGUGGCCCGAGAGCUCCCCUCCCCCAAAGUUGAGGGUGGGGUGGGGAAAUGAUCUAAAGGAAUAAAAGCAC